AUGGUGAUCUGGAAGGACUUCACAAUAUGGAGUAACAAAGCUUUAACCCCGAGAGAAGAGAAGUUUAAGUUUGCUGAGAGAAAUGUUGGGAUUUUGAGCUGGGUGUCUCUGAGGCAACUGAAGAAGCAAGAAGACUUGCGAAGGAAAAGAGCACCGCCUGGGGCCCGGGGCGGCCGGAGCACCUUGAGUCCUGACCCCGGCCCGGCUCCCGCUCCGGGCUCGGCCGGCGGGCGUAAAGGCGCGGCGGGGUCCGGGCCGGGGGGAUGUCUCGGCGGACGCGCUGACCCGGUCCCGGCCCUGGGUGAGGUCCAUCGUCUCCCGCCUAAUUGCAGGGUGGGGAAAGAAGGCUCUUGCCGGCGGUGUCAACUAGAGGCCUAUUACUGGCCAGGACUACACAGCAAGUUCUGGGACAGCCAGGAGAGAGAUAACUACAUAGACUCUCAAAAAAGAAACAAAAACAGAAGCGAGGAGCUGGAUGAGUUAUACCACCAGGACACGGACUCGGACCUCCUGGAGCAGAGAGACAACAAGUGUAAGGUCAAAUGGACCCACGAGGAGGAUGAGCAAUUGAGGGCCCUGGUGAGGCAGUUUGGACAGCAAGACUGGAAGUUCCUGGCCAGUCACUUUCCUAACCGCACAGACCAGCAGUGUCAGUACCGGUGGCUAAGGGUUUUGAAUCCAGACCUCGUUAAGGGACCAUGGACCAAAGAGGAGGAUCAGAAGGUCAUUGAGCUGGUCAAGAAGUACGGCACCAAACAGUGGACGCUGAUUGCCAAGCACCUGAAGGGCCGGCUGGGGAAGCAGUGCCGUGAGCGCUGGCACAACCACCUCAACCCUGAGGUGAAAAAGUCCUGCUGGACCGAGGAGGAAGAUCGAAUAAUCUGUGAGGCCCAUAAAGUGCUGGGUAACCGCUGGGCUGAGAUCGCCAAGAUGCUGCCAGGGAGGACGGACAAUGCUGUGAAGAAUCACUGGAACUCCACCAUCAAAAGGAAAGUAGACACGGGAGGUUUCCCAAACGAGUCCAGAGACUGCAAGCCCGUCUACUUGCUCUUGGAACUUGAGGACAAGGAUCAGCACCAGCGUGUCCAGCCGGUGGAAGGCCAGGGAAGUCUCAUGAGCAGCUGGCCGUUGGCGCCCUCUACUGUGAAGGAGGAGGAGAGCAGUGAGGAGGAGGCUGCCCUAGCUGCUACUUACACGGAGCCUGGGUGUGAGCCUGUCCCCGCUGACCUGGGAGAAGUGCACACCCCAGAGCCCCCAGAAUCCUUCAAGCGUGAAUACCAGGAGGGUUCCUCCCCAGAAACAAGCCUGCCUUACAAAUGGGUGGUAGAGGCGGCAAACCUCCUCAUCCCGGCUGUGGGGUCCAGCCUCUCUGAAGCUCUGGACUUGAUCGAGUCGGACCCUGAUGCUUGGUGUGACCUGAGUAAAUUUGAUCUUCCUGAAGAACCAUCUGCAGAUGGCAGUGUCAACAGCAGUCCAGUGCAGCCCCAGACAUCACAGCAGCAGCAGCAGCAGGAGGCACUGUCAUCCCACCAGGCCUCUACACCGGGGCCCAGCGUAACUGAGUAUCGCCUUGAUGGCCACACUAUUUCAGACCUGAGCCGGAGCAGCAGGGGAGAGCUGAUCCCCAUUUCCCCGAGCACUGAGUUUGGGGGCUCAGGCUUUGGCACACCUCCCUCGGUGCUCAAGCGACAGAAGAAACGGCGUGUGGCCCUGUCGCCUGUCACAGAGAACAGUGCCAGCCUGUCCUUCCUGGACUCCUGUAACAGCCUCACCCCGAAGAGCACACCUGUCAAAACCCUCCCCUUCUCUCCUUCCCAGUUUCUGAACUUCUGGAACAAACAGGAUACCUUGGAGCUGGAGAGCCCCUCACUGACGUCCACUCCAGUGUGCAGCCAAAAGGUGGUAGUUACCACACCCCUGCACAGGGAUAAGACACCCCUGCACCAGAAAUAUCCAUCGUUUGUAACCCCAGAUCAGAAGUACUCCAUGGACAACACUCCUCACACGCCGACCCCGUUCAAGAAUGCCCUGGAGAAGUACGGACCACUGAAGCCCCUGCCCCAGACGCCACACCUGGAGGAGGACUUGAAGGAAGUGCUCCGUUCCGAGGCUGGCAUCGAGCUCAUUAUUGAGGAUGACAUGAGGCCCGAGAAGCAGAAGAGAAAGCCUGGGCUGCGACGAAGCCCUAUCAAGAAGGUCCGGAAGUCUCUGGCUCUUGACAUCAUGGAUGAAGAUGGAAACCUGCCCAAAGCUCUGUCCUUGACAAGCGGCGUCCUAGGCUCUUCUGGCUUCACCUUGUCAGGUAUCAAGGAGGAUAACAGCCUACUCAACCAGGGUUUCCUACAGGCCAAACCUGAGAAGGUUGUAGCCGCCCAGAAGCCCAGGAGCCACAUUCCAGCCCCUGCCCCUAUGACCCGUGCCUGGAAGACGGUGGCCUGUGGGGGCACCAAAGACCAGCUCUUCAUGCAAGAGAAAGCCCGGCAGCUCCUGGGCCGCCUGAAGUCCAACCACACAUCUCGGACCCUCAUUCUGUCCUGAGGGGCUUGGAGGGCAAAAGCCAGCUCUCUCGUGUUUACAGGGGUAGGGUAUGCAUUGAAGUCACAUUAUGUGACCAGCUUCAGGAAGUCUUCUGCCAGCCUCUCAGACUACUCAGGUGGCAGAAGUCACAUGGUAAACUCUUUCUCCAGGUUUACCAUGUGACUUCUUUGGGAACUUUCUUUGGGAAGUUCCUGGUGCUAAUAGAACAAAGUCCCACUCCUGGGCCUGCCUAUCCUCCACCCACUGCCACAAGGAGCCCUGUCAGGGUCUCCCAGGCUCUCAUCCAGCCUGGCCUCAUCUCUGACUCCUGCUUAGGAUGGGGGCUGUGGCUAGGGUGUGGUCCUUUCCUCAUCUCCUGUUGGUACACUGUCUCCACAAUAAAAUACCACUCUCCCUAUGCAGCCCUGACUCUGCCCUCUGAGUCUUGAAGUGCCUCGAUGGCUUUCUCCUGACACAUGGGCAUGUACACCUCUGUUCUUGGGUACAGCAUUGCCCAGUGAGUAUCUCUGCUGGGUAGGAGGAUGAAGAUGGGUUCUGAGAAUCUGUUGGAAUGGUGCAGUCAUCUUUGCUUUAAUGUGUCAGGGUUAUACCAUCCUUGGCUUGGGCCAUGGGUGGUUCUUAUGACUUCCAAGGAGCAGCUGCCUUAAGUUGAGUCAGCCCUUACAUACAUAAGACCAUUAUUAGAGAGCUGGCGGACCUUUCAACUCUGGCUAAUGUGCAGAAAGCUGCCUAGUCCCUGGAUUCUAUAUCCUGAGUUGGUGGCAGCAAUUGCCCUGGCUGUUACCUCCUUUGGAAUCAGUGGGUAGAGCAUGGCCCAUAGCUGUUGAUCAGUUACAAGCCUGAAAAGGGAAGUGUUUUCAGUAGCCUGCCUGGGUGCUCUUAGGUUGGAUGGUUAGAUGAACCUAUGGGAGGCCUCUACUUAGUCCUGGUUGCAAGGGAGACUUGAGGCAAAUCCUCUCCACCAGGACAAGAGAUAACAACUGGAGACAGGACUGAGCACACCAGAAUCCAGACACUGUCCUGCUCUUCUGCAAAGGAUGCAGGAGACAGGCUCUGCUCUCCUGCUCUGCCUCCUACAGCCUCCUUGUCUGAGCCUCAUUCUCACUGAGCUGCACCUGCCUCGCCCCUGGCUUAUUUUGUCAGUAUGACUAAGAGGCAACUUAGAGUAGCUACACUGGUGUGUGGUCUGUGCUGGAGAAGGCACAGAGGGGUGAGGCUGUCCAGCAGAGGAAAAAGGCUUCUGGUGCCUACCAGGUUUUCCUGCAGUCUGGGCUCUCCACUGGUGCUGCCCCCUGCAUUUAGGGUGGCUCUUUUAAACCUGGAAUCUCUUUGCAGACACACCCAAAUGUGUGUCUUUUUGUCAGCCAAGUUGGC